UGCAAACUAGAUAAUUAUAGGCUUAAUAGGGCUUAAUAGAGAUAAUUGUAGUUGCCAGUGAGAUUAUUAUUAUAUCUAUUUUAUUUUAAUAGUUUCGAUUUACAUUUUGAUUAUCUUCUUAUAUUACAAUAUAUUAUAUUGUUUUUUGUUUUUUUUCACUCGUCGGGUCCUUUUCUGGGAUUAAAUAAGGGAGAAUUGGUUUUCAAUGCUUGAUAUCUGGAAUAAAUAGAGAUAGCAUACAAAUAAGAUAUAUAACUAAAAUGAGGUUAUUGAUUAAUAAUUAUCGAUUUAAAAUAAUUGCAUUAAUUUUAUUUGGACUACUUUUAUUGAUUGGUUUCAACUUAACAAGUCUCCAUUCGUUGGAUAAUUACGAUUUAGUUAAUCUUAGCAUAAACAGGUUCAAAAAUCUUACAGAUAAUGAGAUAAUUUUAAAGUUACUAGAUUUUGAUAUUGGUAGUGAGAAAGAUGAUGAGAAUGUGAUCCAGAAUGACAAUGAAGACGAUAAACGAAUUUUGUUGAACAAGACUCAAUACGAAGAAAUAUUUAAACAAGUAGAGACCAAGCAAUAUAAUAUGGUAGCAAAAAGCAAAGCAAAGGCCACAUUUGUUACUUUGGCGAGAAAUAGUGAGUUAUGGGGAUUAGUGAAUUCGAUUAGAUCAGUUGAAGAUCGAUUUAAUAGAAAAUUUCACUAUGAUUGGGUUUUUCUUAAUGAUGAUGAUUUCAGUGAAGAGUUUAUUGAGACUACAAAAUCAUUGUGUAGUGGGAAAGUCAAGUAUGGGAAAAUUCCAAAAGAACAAUGGUCAUACCCAGAUUUUAUUGAUAUCAAGAAAGCAGAUAAAGCAAGAUCAAGAUUGAAGGAACUAGGAGUAAUAUAUGGAGAUUCGGAGUCUUAUAGACACAUGUGUAGGUUUGAAUCAGGGUUCUUCUGGAGACAUCCAUUGUUAGAUGAAUAUGACUGGUACUGGAGAGUUGAACCAGAUAUCAAAUUUUACUGUGAUAUCGACUACGACGUGUUUAAAUUUAUGGAGGAUAAUAAUAAAGUCUAUGGGUUUACUAUAUCGUUAAUGGAGUAUCAAAGAACCAUACCAUCAUUAUGGAGGGCUACAAAGGGAUUUAUUCGACAGCAUCCUCAGUAUUUGCACAAGAAUAAUUUUUUGAAAUUUAUAUCCGACAAUAAGGGCAAAACAUACAAUCUCUGUCAUUUUUGGUCAAAUUUUGAGAUUGCCAGUUUGAAUUUCUUUAGAAGUGACAAAUAUCGCGAAUACUUUGAAUAUUUGGAUAAAACUGGGGGAUUCUUUUACGAGAGAUGGGGAGACGCGCCAAUUCACUCGAUUGCUGUCAGUUUGUUCGAGGAUAGAGAGAAGAUUCAUCAUUUUGGAGACUUGGGAUACACCCACGAUGUGUUCACGAGCUGUCCCAUCGACAAAGAGUUUCGAAAGAAGCAGCGCUGUUCGUGCAACCCUCAGGAUGACUUUGACUGGACAGUGGGCAGUUGUACCUGGCGAUAUUUCGAGCUCAACAGGUUGAAGAAGCCCGAAGGAUGGCAGAACUACAAGGACUGGUGAUGCUAUAUAUAUAUUUAUACACAUUUAUAUAAAUUAGUGUUUAUUAAAAGAUAUUCAAUGUGAUAGAGAUUGGAAGUACCGGUUCCAUGGAUUUCCGUGGAUUUCCAUGCUUUGUCGAA